ACUGAGGUGGAGGGACAGGUGACGCAGACCACAGGAAACUUCUUCCUGGAAGGAAACAAAGCUGUCGCAAAAAUGGCUAAAUUCUUCACUCCAGUUCAAAUCAAUGAGUACAAGGAGUGCUUCUCCUUAUAUGACAAGAAGCAAAAGGGUAAGAUCGUUGCCAAAGACCUGAUCACAGUUAUGCGCUGCCUGGGUACAAGCCCCACGUUCGGUGAAAUCGAAAGACAUCUACAAAUUCACAAAAUUGAAAAGACGGGUGAGCUGGACUUCUCUACGUUUCUGACGAUGAUGCACAGACAGAUGCAACAGGAAGACCCCAAGGCAGAAAUCCUGGAGGCCUUGAGGAUGACGGACAAACAGAAGAAAGGAUACAUCCAGGCCUCUGAGCUCCGGGCCAAGCUCACCAUGUUGGGGGAGAAACUCACCAACAAAGAAGUGGAUGAACUCUUCAAAGAGGCAAACGUCAAGUCAAACGGGACCGUCAACUACGAAGAGUUCACCCAGAUGGUGACGCUGCCACCGGUCGAUUACUGAUCCUUCAGCCACGACGGGGAAUUCACUUUACAUUCAAUGAACGUGAUGGUUGGAAGAUGUUGCAUACUGUAAAAGAAUAUAGCAUGUUGAAAAAGGAAAUUCUGUAAUGGAAGAAAAUAUUCUUCAUUGUGUUUAUUCCUCCAUAAUUAUCAGUUCAUUCUUCAAUGAAGGAUGUAUUUUCUUCGUAUGUAGCUUUCCUCUACGACAGUAAACAUUUUGUGAAUCAUAAGACUAUGAGAUGCCGUUUGUGAUUCUUUGAUGGGAUCAAAUUGUAAAUGCAUUACAUUCUGGGUACACAUUUUUUUCCAACCUGACCCUCUACCAAAACUAAUGUAAUGUCCAGUUUGAGGAUUUGUGUAAAUACCCCUGCAUGCUUGUGAGUGAUAUAUUACGACUUUCGCUUCAUUAAGUACAUUCACUGUCAACUUUCCAAACAUAUCAAACUUCAUUCUCUUUCUGAACUAA